UGCCCCUCCUUCCUUCAGGUCGCUUAACUACAUUUUACAUUCCGUACCUCUACGUUCAGUGCUCCACCCAGAAACACUCCUCCGCAUCGGGAAGCUCGAACGGCCCUCAACAUACCUACCAACCGACCUACCUACCUACCUACCGAUAACCAGUCUUUCGCUUUUCCUUCUUUUCCCUUUGUCUUGUGAGACUUCAUCAACACACCGUCACCAUGUCGCAAAGUCAUGCUCUUUCCGAUGACCAGGUUGCGGGCGAGCUCCGCAAGAUGACGGCCUUCAUCCGCCAGGAAGCGGUGGAGAAGGCCCGCGAGAUCCAGCUGAAGGCCGACGAGGAGUUCGCCAUCGAGAAGUCCAAGCUGGUCCGCCAGGAGACCGCCGCCAUCGACACCCAGUACGAGAAGAAGUUCAAGCAGGCCGCCAUGUCCCAACAGAUCACUCGCUCCACCCUCGCCAACCGCACUCGCCUGCGUGUCCUCUCCGCCCGCCAGGAGCUCCUCGACGAGCUGUUCCAGCAGGCCCGCGAGCAGAUCUCCGGCAUCGCGGCCAAGGAUGCCGACAAGUACCAGACCGUGCUGAAGGGGCUGAUCCUCGAGGGGCUAUAUGCGUUGAACGAGGACAAGAUCGGCGUGCGGGCGCGCAAGCAGGACUUUGACACUGUCAAGAAGGCGAUCGAGGAGGCCGAGAAGGAGUUCCACGAGACGGUCGGCAAGGAGGUCACCGUGGAGCUGGACGAGGAGGAGACUUUGCCGGAGGGAUCUGCAGGUGGUGUCGUGAUUGUGGGCGGUCAGGGCAAGAUCGAAAUCAGCAACACGUUCGAGGAGCGACUGCGUUUGCUGGAGAUUGAUGCUCUCCCCGCCGUUCGAGAGACGCUCUUCGGCAAGAACACCAACCGGAGGUUCUAUGACUAGAAGUGGCUGGGACUGUUUGGUUGAAUUUGCCCCCCUUUAGAGACAUUAUCUGACCUUGCUGUACUGCCUCCCCUCCCCCACCCAACCCCAUGUAUCUAUUGUACCUGUCGUUUCUUCUUCUUCUCCCCCCCCACUGAAGAUCGUUCUAGCUCUGUAUACAGGCCCUUACCGUGUUUCUAUUCUCCGUGUCUGUCUGGAGUUCCAAUUCGAGCCGAAUGAUGAUUUUAAGCUUUCCCCGCCCCCUCGUUUUGUGCUGAUUCGAUGCCGGUGCCGAGUGCCUACGAAUUGUAAGCGUAGAGUGUGGGAUAUAUCGUGUGUACGUGGACAGAGCGGGGAUUGGAAUUGCAUUCC